AGCCGGUCUCCGAAUCAAAAGAAGAAGAGGAAAAAUGGCACGAGCAUCGCGCGCACACCGUGCAGAAGCGUUCGACCGACCGCCAUUGCAUCGUUCACUCCGGUCCCGGCGGGUGUCCUUCUAAGCUUUUUUCGGUCGAGGCGAAAGCGACGGCUUAUACCGCAUUAGGCGACACAGCCAAGAGCCCUGAAAGACCACAAUGCGGAAGGCCGAGUAUCAAGCGCCGGACAUUGUGGAGGACCAUCAGUCGAAGAAUAUCGCACGCACCCAGCAGCAGUUAGCUGCUAUCGGUGAAGCUGCAACGCCUGUGCAAGAUAAACCCACCGCCACGUUGGGUUGCUCAACAUCAUCAAGGCACGCUGCCGUACCGAAAUCAACCAGCGCGAGGUCGGAGAAGGUGACCCUCAGGAACGUCAUCGCAACUUCUCGAAGGAUUAGAAACGCUGCAGAUGCCCUACCUCCCAAGAGUGACGUGGGCGACGGUGGCACCGGACCUGUGCACGAGGCUUCCCGUGCUGUAGCCUCUAAAGGCGUCGCCCACUCGAACGCUACCAGGGCGAGGUCAUCGAAGUCGGCGACGCUGAUGGACACAACCACCAGGUGUUCGCGAAAGGUGAGAAAGGCCUAUUAUGCACCGCCAUCCAAGAAGUAUGUGGACGACGGUGGCACAAGACUUGCGCACGAGGCUUCCUCCGCGACGUGGACCCGUGUGCUAACCUCUAAAGGCGUCACCGACUCGAACGCAACCAGGACGAGGUCAUCGAAGUCGGCGACGCUGAUGUACAUAACCGCCACGAGUUCGCGGAAGGUGAGAAAGGCCUCAGAUGCGUCGCCACCCAAGUACGUGGACGACGGUGGUACCAGAUCUGCGCACGAGGCUUCCUCCGUGAGGAGGACCCGUGCGGUAACCUCUAAAGGUGUCGCCGACUCGAACACUACCCGGGCGGUGUCAGCGAAGCCGGCAACGCCCCCGUACAUCACCGCCAUGAUUUCGCAGAUGAUUAGACAAUCCGAAGAUUUCCCGCCGCUACAGAGUGACGACGACCCUCCGUCCACCGUCAGGCAACCGUACAUCAAGGCUCCUGCAGUGCGCCGGAAGGAGCAAUUGAGUUUGUCCCCAGACCCAAUGGCCGGGCCUGCAAACCGUCAGGAUCCGUCUAAGAGCACCCGCUCCUCUAGCUGCAGUUGUGGAGGGGAAUGCAAGCACCAUGAGAAGAGCAGCGGCAGGUGCUGGGUCACGUCGUACUACGUCCGCGACAUGUUGCGGAAAUGCGUGUUCGACGUUGCAGCAGUGCUUUCGCAGCAGCGGCGGAAGAAGCACGAAAACACGGCGCUUCAUAGAAAGGCCACGGGUGCCUCGCCUAACGUGCCUGCAGCCGCGAAGUACGGCGCAGAAUUCCACCCUCUUGUAACAGGUCAUUCGUCAGCGAGCUCAGCCAGUUCGAAGUUCUGUUUCCGUCGGCCGCACGGUAGCUCCUCGAGGACCUUUUGCGGAAGAAGAGGGCUCCCUAAGGCGUAAAAUGUCGCAGGUGGCUCGUCACUGGCUGUGUGCUGGCCAAGCAUCCUGGCCAAGCGAACGUGGACGAGGCGGGGAACCAGCAGCAGGGAGAAGUGGAAGCAAGGUGGGAUGAACUACAUCAUGACGAUGAAGUAACACUCGAUACACAACGUGCCUGUUAUUGUCGUUAAUUUGCGAA